UAAACGCCGUCAACUAACGCCGUUAAUAUAUAUAGUCCACAAGGUACCCUGUGUAUUUAUUUAUACACACUCUCAGGCACGGAAGAAGCUUGCACGUAGCUCUCGAUAAGGCGAAAUCCGGAGGCGGCAGAGUGAAAUUUUUGUGAUGGGAAUGGAAGUCACUGAUGUUUGCUUGGACAAAGAGCCAGAUUGUGUCAUAAUCUAUUCUAAUGGGAUUUCCCAUGAUCCGAAUCAUGAGACUACUCCAAGUAAUCAUGAUGUGGCGGAGUUGUAUGAGCAUAUAGAUGGAGAUCCUGAACCACAGGCAUUGGAAGAGAAUGCAGAAGUUAAAGAGUAUGAAAUAAAGGAAUGCACUACUGAAAAAUCUAUUGAGAUCUCUGAACUCUCUCAAGUGGAAAAUUGUGCAAAGGAUGAUAGUGUACCAGGCUCAAAUUCUGAGGCUUGUUUGCCAGAUGAGAAGAUGAAAUUUGAAGAUCAGAAAAAAAAGGGUGAGAAUAAGAAGGUCAAAUCCUCGGUGAAACCUGCAUGUAAACCUAGUUCUGGAAAUGCCCGAACAAAUUGCACUAUUCCGCAGCCAUUUUCUCUGGCAACUGAAAAGCGUGCUUCAUAUGGGAGUCGUCCAGUUGGAAAUGAGCCUGAUGCUGGUACUGUUGUCAGUAAAGCAUCUAAUAAUAAUACUAACACAGCACAACAUCCAAUAACUACAAAACAAAAUCAGCUGGUCUCACCAUUGGUAUCAAGGAAACCAUUGCAACCCAAUAAUAAAAAGCAUCCUGAUGAAGAUGAUUCUUGUUCUAUUGCUUCCUCUAUUGCUGCAUCAAUCCGGACUACUAAAUCCAGGACAACUGUUGCUUCUGCUCCGGUUUUCAGAUCCAUGGAACGUGCAGAGAAACGAAAGGAGUUUUUUCUAAAAUUGGAGGAGAAGCACCAAGCACUGGAGGCUGAGAAAACUCAGUGUGAGGCAAGGACUAGGGAAGAGAAAGAAGCAGCCAUCAAGCAACUAAGGAAAAGCUUGUUGUUCAAGGCAAACCCAAUGCCAAGUUUCUACCAUGAGGGACCACCACCCAAGGUUGAGUUGAAAAAGCCACCACCAACUCGUGCAAAAUCACCCAAGUUGGGUAGAAGAAAAAGCUGCAGUGAUGCUGUUGGUUUGUCUGAGGCAGACAAGGGUGUAGGAGCUUGUGCUCGUGGAACUCGUCAAAGUCUUGGGAACUACAAAGAUAGGAUUGCCUCUACCACCGCCAACAGAAAGGAUCAGUCCAAUCUUCUGAAUGGUAAUGCUGCUUCCAAAUUCAAAGAUGAGCCCAAAAUGAUGAGAGUUACAAAUCAGUCAAUUUCAACCAACAUAAACGGGCAGGGGAAUGUAGACAUUGCUGUUAUUUCUUGAAACUGCGGUGAGUUUCUAAUUUAAGAGGGGAAAAAUCUCCUUUCUUCUCGUUUUCUUGCGACUUCCCUAAGGAAUGUUGUUUAUUUAUUUCCUCACCUGGUGAGACCUUGUUGCGGUGUGGUGUGUUGAUGUAUUAAUUGUAAAUUUUGUAACUUAUUCCUCACGCAUAUGUAUAAAGGGUUCCCCAUUUUUCA